AUGGCCAGAUUUUUAGGCGUAACACUGAUCAUUUGUUUAGUCUAUAUCAGUUUCUUCAGUUCUUCUCUCCUCUCUCUCUCUCUCUCUCUCUCUCUCUCUCUAGUGUUACUGAAUUAUUAUUAUUAUUAUUAUUAUUAUUUCUUCUUCUUCUUCUUCUUCUUCUUCUUCUUCUUCUUCUCUUCCUCCUCAUUCUUCUUCUUAUCCUCCUCCACCUCUUCCUUCUUCAUCUUUUUCUUCUUCUUCGUCUAUUUCUUCUCCUCCUCUCCUCCCGUUCUUCUCCUCCUACCCCUCCAUCAUCAUCUUCUUCUCCUCCUCCUUCCCUCCCCUUCUUCUCCUUCUUCUCCUCCUCCUCAUUCUUCUUCUUAUCCUCCUCCACCUCUUCCUUCUUCAUCUUUUUCUUCUUCUUCGUCUAUUUCUUCUCCUCCUCUCCUCCCGUUCUUUUCCUCCUCCCCCUCCUUCAUCAUCAUCAUCUUCUUCUCCUCCUUCCCUCCCUUUAUCUUUUUCUUCUUCUUCUCCUCCUUUUUCUUAUCCUCCUCCUUCUUUUCCUCCUCAUUCUUCUUAUCCUCCUCCUCCUCCUCCUUCUUCUUCCCUCCCCUCCUCUUCUUCCUCCUUCUUCUACUUCUUCCCUCCCCCUUCUUUUCCUCCUCCUCCUCCCCUUUCUUCUUCUUUGUGCCACGGCCCUUCCUGUCCUGUGUACCCCACAGUUAA